AUUCUUGAUUGCUCUCUUAAACGCGUCGGCCCCAAUCGGAGAAAGCAGUUUAUCCUCUACGACACGAUAAACACCGCGUCUAAAGUAAAGUUUAUCGAGUGGUGGUGUACCACAGAGAACUUCGACCAGGUAGCAUAUCAUAUUACAGGCGAACCUUUGGUUAUAUAUCGGACGUGUGGGGUUACAUUACCUUAUCUAAGUACAAAGCAAAGCGGCACCAAUACACUUAAGCGGUAUCUAGCCUUAGGCAAAUGCCAAAAGGGUGGUAAAAGAGUAACAUACAAUUCUCGCUACCUUACCACAAGAUACGAAGCUCUCAAUCGCCCUCGACUGCUAGAUAUCGCCUUUUUAGUAGGCAUUUAUGGCAAUUAUAGGAAUUACCGUGAGCUCCUACUUGGUUUCGAACCACUUAAUAGGGCGCAUUCUGGUGUGAAUCUAAGUGAAGUACUUAUAGAGAUCUUUAAGAAGCUUGAUAUUACUAAUCGUGUGUUAGCGAUUACAUCAGAUAACGCGUCAAAUAACACGACUUUAGUACAGGCAGUCCCAGUGGUUGUUCGAAUCCCUUAUCUUACACAUGUUAUCCAGCUAAGCCUUCGCGAGCUACUUAGAUCGAUCGGAAUAUUUCAGAUAUCCAAGCCCAAGCCUAAGCUCGAUCGCUCCAGUGAACAAGUCAUUGUACAAACCCUUAUCAAGAUCCGAGGGCUUGCUAUAUUGAUUAAUACAAGCCCCCAACGUCGCGAUGAUUUCUUCCGUCUCCAGACCAAUAGAGCAAAACUUGCGCCUAUCCAAGAUAUCCGCACCCGCUGGAAUUCUACCUUCUUAAUGCUUCGUCGUACAAAACGCCUUAGCAAGCCCUACGAUAAAUACUAUGAUAACAUUGGGACUCAGAAAUACAAACUUAAGCCGUUCUAUCGCUUUACCACAGUGCUUUCAAAGACCAAAGAGAUAACAAAGAAGGCGAUACUACAAGCCCUCAAUGCUAGGAUAGCAAAGCUUACCUCUUACUACACAAAGACGAAAGAGAUCAAUGGUAGUCUCUACGCGAUUAGAACAAUCCUUACACCCCAGCAUAAGCUUCACUUCUUCUCAAGUAAGCUCCUUACGCCCAAAGACACACUCAGACACGGUCCCUACGAGAAGAGCAACCCCCCUAAGCGUCACUUAGCCAGUACAAGUGACCUAGACACCCUCCUUGACCUUCUGCCUCACAUCCACUCUAAUCCAUCAUCGUCGGAGCACGAACUUACUAGAUACCUUAAAAAGCCAAGGAGAAGGGUCGAUCCUUUACAAUUCUGGAAGGAAUAUAAGAAUAAAUUCCUAAUUCUUUCAAGUGUUACUCGCGAUAUUCUCUCUAUUCCUGCAAUAGGCGCUGGAGUUAAACGUCUUUUCAAUUUAGCACGGGAUGUCUACCACUACCGACGUAGGCGGCUAAGUGCGAAGACAGUCCAGGAUAUCAUGAUGUUCCGGUGUAAAACCCAGUUCGAUAUUAAAAUAGAAGAACUACCCGAUAAGGAUAUAUCCUUGGAUUCAAUACAAGAAGCAGACGAACAGAGAGAGGCUAAGCUUACCACUGAUAUACCUAAACCAAUCAGCGAUGGUAAGGAUUCCGAGGAUAAUGAUCCUAUUGGACUGAUCGAGCAUAAGUUUAUGAUAGAGAGUCAGCUUCCUCGUCCUUCUAUAGUGCUAAGUACGCGGAAGCAACAGAGAAGUGAGCUAGUCGACAGCGAAGAUGAGAGCAGUCCUUAUCUCCCUUAUUAUGGAGAUAAGGGUAGCACUCAAAAGCGCCCUGGUUUAAGAGAAGCAAGGAAGCGUGGCAAACCCAACAAUGAUCAAUUUGUAUCGUAUUAG